AUUCCUGAUAGCUAAUUUUUGUAUUAAUAUUAAUUAAAAAAUAAACUUAUUUCUUUAAAUAUGAGCAGUAAAACAAAAUCUCAUAAAAACAAAUCUUACUCAUUAAAAUAUAUCCUAAGAAGCUAUCUUGAAAUUGCAUAGUAAUCUCUGAAGACUCUUCCUGCAAACGGGUAUAGAAGUAGAUCUUAGCUUUUAAAUGAGUGUCCCAAAUAAAUAGCAAACAUAUUAGAAAAAAUGCAAAUAGGAAUUGAAAUUUUUGAACUAAUUAUUACUCAUUUUUAGUCAGAAUGUCCACUUCAAGCUAUAAAUAAAAAGAUAAGAUCAAUUUAAAGUACUCUAAAUGAUGGAAGCAAAUAACUAUUUAACAAAAUUGUUAUUCCCUAUGUUUAUAAUCAAGCUUAGGGCGAGAAUGAAAAAAUCCCUAUCUUUAAAACUUAUUUAUCUGGUCUAUUUUAGGACUUAAAUUACAACAACUAUUUAAUGGGAAAUCAGCAAUACCCUCUCAUUUUAGAUGAUUAAAUUGAAAAUUAGGGAGAAAAAGACCUCAAAAAUUCAUAGAAAUAGUAUGAGUUCUUAUUUAAUCGUAAAGUUUUGCAGCUCCAUUUUCCAAAAUCAACUAAAUAAAUUAAGAGAAAAGGACCUUAAAUGAUAGUACAUUUCGAAGAUUUUUAGCUAUACUUUGAGUUAAGACCUUGUACUUAUUAAAGAGAUCAAUAAAGAGAUUUACUUCUACUUUAUUAAUAAGUUAAGAUUGAAAAAUGUUUGCAAACACAUGAAUAGCGAAUAAAUGAAAUCAUGAGACAAAAACUAAACUUCAUGUUAAGUUAGUAGACAGAAAAAUAUUUUAUUUUAUACUUAGAAUACCUUUAUAGGAGAAUUGGAUAUGGUUAUUUCUACUUGGAGAGGAUUAACCAAUAUAUUUAGCAAAAUAAAUAAUAUUUUGUGGAUGUUAAAUAUUAGUUCAAUAACAUGAAUUUAAGAUUUUAUUAUGUUAAAUAAUAUGAACAUAUGAAUGAGAUCAUGGGUGAAAAUGGAUAAUUUUAAGCAUCUUUAUCAAUUAAUAAGCUUAGCUUUGACUAGUUCAUAAAAUUUUAAGAGAAAAAAAUAAAACAGAGCAAGUUUAAAACAUCUAAUUUACCAGCCAAAAGUUUAACUUAAGCUAAUAAUUGCAGCAGCAAUGAUCAAAAUGUAGAUGAAAACAAUAAUUCAGAAGAUAUUCUUUAAAUUAAUAUUUUUGGUUCAAGAUUUAAUAGCUUAGAUAAGCACGAAAUAAGAAUUCCUGAUAUUUACAAAUUAAAUGAAGAUAUCAAUGUUAUUAUGAAAUAUAUUUAGCAUUCAGUCUACUCACUGAGUAAAUCAAAUACUGCAUUUGCAAAUUUUAAUCUAAACUUGUUUUCAAAAUCAUAUUAUUAACUUAUUGAAAAAUAUCCUUAGAUAUGUAUUAAAAAAUAAGGGAAAGCCGAUUUUAUCAUCUUUCCUUAGUAUUUUGUAAAAGUUAAAAAAUUCAAAAAAGAUUGUCAAAAGUUUUAUGAAUUUAACGAGAAAAAUAUAAGAGACAAUCAUAAUCAAGAAGCAGAAAGCUAAGUAGAAUUAGAGAGUUAAAUGUAAAUUUAAGAGUCAGAAUAAGAAGAUAAUAUAGAAGAAAAUAUAUUUUUUCUUGGCUUUAUAGCUUAGUUUUAUAUUUACUAAGCACAUAUUAGCACUAUUUAUAUAAGAAAUAUUAAAGGAUAAAAAAUUCACGAAAUAUGUUCAUUUACGAAGAAGCACUUAUCUAAAUAUUACCAGAAUUUGAUUUGUGUUAAAAUGAUUAUAUAUAUAAUAUUAAAGAGUUUGAAUAAUCAUUAAUAUUCUAUGACUAAUUCAGUGGAUUUAAAGUAUUACUUUGCAUCUAAGCAUGUUUUUGUUAACAAUUAAUCAGGAUAAGUCUAAACUAUUAAGACUAAUAUGGAUUACUCAGAUCCAUAACAUAUAUCCAUGCUUUUUAUAAUUAUAAUCGAAGAUUAAAAGCUUAAUGAAAAAAUAAUUGAAGAAUUUUAAUUUUAAGACCUAGUAAAAAGGUUUUCGUAUACUGAAGAAGCUACUGAAGAGGAUAAAAAAUUCUUAUAAAAUACCCAUCUUCACUCUCGUUCUCAUUAUGAAAACUCUCUUAAGGAUAAUAAUAUUUCAUAUGAAAAGUUAGAGCAUAUUUUCGAGAAUUUUAUACAUUUUGCUAAGUAACUAAUUAGUAGCGAAACUUAUCUUUAUAAAGAUGCAUUAGCCAAGACAUUUAAAUGUGAUUAUCAAUAACUAUAAAUUUAGGCGAAUAUUGGCUAAUGA